GUAGAACUGAAAAUGUUUCUUUUUUGCAUGCCCUGCAUCUGUGCUACUUGUUUUUAGCUUUCCAAUUUUUAAACCUUUGUAGAGUUCAUUGUUCCAGUGUUGGGCUACUGCAGCUUGAAGAAUAAACCUUGUGAAUAGAUUUUAUUUAUGUAAUUCAAACAAUGUGAACUAAAAUCUGUAAAUCACAGCUACUAGCAUUCACGGCUGUCUUUGCUUUCACAGCUUUAAAAACAUUUAUCAUUCACCUACUUUUAGGAGCAUUAUUACAAUGCAGAAGAUGGGAGUGGGUAUCUGGCUUGGAGACUGAAGUUUGUCCAGAGAGAAGCUUCUAAUGGACAAAAGAAGAUCCCCAGACUGUCACAAACCCAAACAGGGGGACCAACAACUGACAGGGACUGUUUGAGAGAAGAAGACUGCCUUAUGACAGAUAGCUUGUGUUCUGAGGCCAUUGCGCUGAUGAAGGAACUGUUAUGAGGAAGAUGAAACAGACUUUCAACUAUCGCCAGAAGAUGAUUCAUGACCCAGUGAAGUCAUCUAGUAUCUUUUUGGACUUCCCAAGAUUCCUGGACAUAGGAGGACUGGUUGAGCAAGAUUUUAUAUUGAUGUUUGGGGAAGUUAUCGCUGCAAAGUUCCUGGAGAAGUGGCCCACUGUCUACAAGCAGAAAGUCCUCGAACAAAGCCGUGGUCUCACACAGUCUGAUGACCUUCAGAACCUUCUUCACAAUGCUGAAGGCACAACAGAAGUGGAAAAUGGAUGGGACAGUGACAUGUCAUCCAUUUUGAUCCUUGUGCACCUCCUGCCACCAUCACCUCACGGCCGCAAGAGACCAGAAAACCUCUCAGCCAGACAAGCCAGUGAACAUCUUGUGAAGUUUGUCAAGACAGGAACCAGCAUCCAGGGGCACCUUGAUGGAAUCGCAGAAAGGCGUCAACCAUACCUGCUUGCAGUAGGGACACAGAGGAGCGUGAUUCACAAGUACUUCAUUGUGAUUGACAAACAUGCCAUACCUUGUAAAUCACCAGGCUCUCUUGCCUGUUUUGAUGAGCUUUUUAAAGCUCACUUUGUGUUCAGCACUUCAUAUGACCAUGAUCUGGUCAAUGUGUACAAUUUUCUGCAGACUGCCAUUUAUGAGAUAGAUGUUGAGACAACCAAAGUGAAUCCUAGGGUUGCAGAGUUGCGGGCUCGGAUGCUGCGUUAAAUAGUUGUUUCGCUAUGAUUGUUUCAGUAUCAAGUUGAGUUGGAAUGUUCUGUUUCAUUUGUAAGAAGUACCAGACAAAUGCUAAUUCUCUGACCAAGCACUUAAAAGUGAUCCACGGACUUUGCUCUGGUAAGACACUUCGUCUUAAAUGUGGCCAGGCAGGUUGUGCUCAAGUUUAUGGCACAUUUUCUGGGUUCAGAAAGCAUCUUAAUAAAGCACAUGAUAAACAAACUUCUAAUCCUGGUGAAGGCCCAUCUACAACUGAAGAGACAUUUGAAAGUCGAGAUUUGCCCUCUGAGUGUUGCUUCUGAUACAGUCCUGGUUCAGAAAUGUCUUGUGUCUAGUUGUG